CUCGAGUCGGAUCACGCGAGUUCAGGUGCAGAAGCGACAACGGCGUCUUGUCCUAUAAAUAGUCCACCAAGGGGUGUGUGCGUCUGUCUCUCUCUCACAGGAAAUCGUCGAAAGCGCAAAAGCAAAGCCACGCUUUUCGUCAGGUUGAUCUCUCCCCGCAUUGGCCCUGGUACACUUGUUCUAGGCGGAGGUGGGGGAGAAGGGGGAAAAGGAGUCGGCUUUCGGGGAGAUGGCGCGCAAUGCGGCGGACAAGGGGACGUCCAUCGACGCGCAGCUGCGGAUCCUGGCGCCUAAGAAGCUCUCGGAGGACGACAAGCUUGUGGAGUACGACGCGCUGCUCCUCGAUCGCUUCCUCGACAUCCUCCAGGAUCUGCAUGGGGAGGACAUCAGGGAGACGGUUCAAGAAUGCUAUGAAUUAGCUGCUGAGUAUGAAAGUAAGGUUGACCCCAAACAGCUGGAUGCAAUUGGGAAUGUGUUAACUCGUUUAGAUCCUGGAGACUCCAUUGUGAUGACGAAGUCAUUCUCACACAUGCUUAUCCUGGCAAACUUGGCUGAGGAGGUCCAGAUUGCGUAUCGUAGGAGGAUAAAACUGAAGAAGGGUGAUUUUGCUGAUGAAAACUCUGCUACAACUGAAUCAAACUUUGAGGAGACCCUAAAAAGGCUUGUUGGUGAGCUUAAGAAGUCCCCUCAUGAGGUAUUUGAUGCUCUCAAGAAUCAAACAAUCGACCUGGUCCUGACAGCACAUCCAACUCAGUCAGUCAGGAGGUCGCUGCUACAAAAGCAUGGCAGGAUAAGAAGUUGUUUAACAAAACUUUAUGCAAAAGACAUAACUCCAGAUGAGAAGCAGGAACUCGAUGAAGCACUUAAGAGAGAGAUCCAAGCCGCCUUUAGAACAGAUGAAAUUCGGCGAGCACCUCCUACACCACAGGAUGAAAUGCGUGCUGGAAUGAGUUAUUUUCAUGAGACAAUAUGGAAGGGUGUACCCAAGUUUUUACGUAGGGUUGAUACUGCCCUUAAGAACAUUGGCAUAAACGAGCGAGUGCCCUAUAAUGCUCCUCUUAUUCAAUUUUCUUCUUGGAUGGGUGGAGACCGUGAUGGAAAUCCAAGAGUCACACCAGAGGUUACAAGGGACGUAUGCCUGUUAGCUAGAAUGAUGGCUGCUAACUUAUACUAUGCACAGAUAGAGGAUCUGAUGUUUGAGCUAUCUAUGUGGCGCUGUAGUGAUGAACUACGUGUAAAAGCUGAUCAGUUACACCGUUGCGCAAAGAAAAACACAACAAAGCACUAUAUAGAGUUCUGGAAACAAGUUCCUCCGAGUGAACCCUAUCGUGUAAUACUGAGCAAUGUCAGAGAUAAGUUGUACAAUACACGCGAGCGAGCACGCCAUUUAUUAGCCAGUGGAUUUUCUGAAAUUCCUGACGAAGCAACAUUCACUGAUGUUGAGCAGUUCUUGGAGCCUCUUGAGCUCUGUUACAGGUCUCUCUGUGCCUGUGGUGAUAAUUCUAUUGCAGAUGGCAGUCUUCUUGACUUUCUACGGCAAGUGUCCACAUUUGGACUAUCCCUUGUUAGACUUGAUAUUAGGCAAGAAUCUGACCGACAUACUGAUGUUAUGGAUGCCAUAACUCAAUACCUUGGAAUUGGAUCCUAUCGUGAAUGGUCAGAGGAGAAACGCCAAGAAUGGCUUCUGUCAGAACUCAAUGGAAAGAGGCCAUUAUUUGGUCCUGACCUUCCCCAGACGGAUGAAAUUGCUGAUGCCCUAGAUACUUUUCAUGUGAUAGCAGAACUACCCUAUGAUAGCUUUGGUGCAUAUGUAAUAUCCAUGGCAACAGCUCCUUCAGAUGUUCUAGCAGUUGAGCUUCUGCAACGUGAAUGUCAUGUGAAGAAGCCACUGAGAGUUGUGCCAUUGUUUGAAAAACUAGCAGAUCUGGAAGCAGCACCAGCAGCUCUUGCCCGACUUUUCUCUGUUGACUGGUACAGAAAUAGGAUCGACGGAAAGCAGGAAGUAAUGAUUGGGUAUUCAGAUUCUGGAAAAGAUGCUGGCCGUUUCUCUGCAGCUUGGGAACUGUAUAAAGCUCAAGAGGAGCUUAUUAAAGUUGCUAAGCAGUUUGGGGUUAAGUUGACUAUGUUUCAUGGGCGAGGUGGAACUGUUGGAAGAGGUGGGGGUCCUACACACCUUGCUAUACUGUCACAACCUCCAGAUACCAUUCAUGGAUCACUUCGUGUGACUGUUCAAGGUGAAGUCAUUGAGCAAUCUUUUGGAGAGGAGCAUUUGUGUUUUAGGACACUUCAACGUUUUACAUCUGCUACUCUUGAGCAUGGUAUGCAUCCACCAAUUUCACCAAAGCCAGAAUGGCGUGCUUUGAUGGAUGAAAUGGCCGCUGUUGCUACAAAAGAAUACCGGUCCAUUGUCUUCCAAGAGGCACGAUUUGUUGAAUAUUUCCGCCUUGCAACACCAGAGUUGGAAUAUGGUAGGAUGAAUAUUGGAAGUAGGCCAUCAAAACGAAAGCCUAGUGGAGGCAUUGAAUCACUUCGUGCAAUUCCUUGGAUCUUUGCUUGGACACAAACUCGAUUCCACCUACCAGUGUGGCUUGGUUUUGGCGCAGCGUUCAAGCAUGUCUUGCAGAAGGACAUACGCAAUCUUCAGAUCCUUCAGGAGAUGUACAACGAAUGGCCAUUUUUCAGGGUUACAAUAGACUUGGUUGAGAUGGUGUUUGCUAAGGGUGAUCCUGGUAUAGCAGCUCUGUAUGACAAGUUGCUAGUUUCUGAGGAUUUGUGGCCAUUUGGUGCUCGUCUUAGAGCAAACUAUGAAGAAACAAAGCAACUUCUUCUACAGGUUGCUGGACACAAAGACCUUCUGGAGGGAGAUCCUUACUUGAGGCAGAGACUGCGUAUCCGUGAUUCCUACAUCACAGCGCUGAAUGUUUGCCAAGCUUGCACGCUAAAGCGUAUCAGGGACCCUGGCUUCCAUGUAAGCCCCCGAGCUCACCUCUCCAAGGACAUAAUGGACUCAGGGAAGCCAGCCGCUGAGCUUGUGAAGCUGAACACAACAAGCGAGUACGGCCCAGGCCUCGAGGACACUCUCAUCCUGACCAUGAAGGGCAUCGCUGCUGGUAUGCAGAACACUGGGUGAAGUAGAACUGGUUCGUUCUGAUGGUGUGUUAUGGUGUCAUGAAUUAGUGUAGUUUGCACCUCUAUGCAAUCACUAUUUGCAGUUUGCACCUCUGAACUCUAUAUGUAAAUAAGGGGAUGCUAAGCAACGUAUAACUAAGACUGGUUAUAUCCAUGGAUAUUACCUGUUUAGCAUGUUAUAUAUCGAACUCUUAUGCUGUUCACCGA